UUAUAGCGACAAAUCUCUCUAUAACGACAUUUCCAAAGGUCCCUUCAAAAUCGCAUAGAAAUUCUUUUCUUUAUAGCGACAUUUCUCUAUAACGACCAUUCCCUGUAGCGACACAUUACCGCUCAUACAUAUCAUUCUCUAUUGCGACAAUUCUCAAGGUCACGCCAACAGUGCAAUAAUAAUGAACUUGAUUGAACUUAGUAUAUGACUAUGAACGAAAAUAGUCUAUAUUAUGUUUUGUGAACGAUUAAAUGUUCGUGCGCAACUAAUAUUAAUAUUCGGAUACUUUACAAAAACAGAGAAAUUUAAAUUUGAAACAUCACUCAACUUGAACAUAUAUUCAGACGCGAUUCUGCUGACGGUACAUUUUCAUAUAUGUAUUCAAAACUCUGCUGCACAUAAUUUUAAGCUGUACCAUAUCGUAAAGCGAAAGAGCAAUGCAAAAAAUAACUCUCGAAAGAGACGUGAUCGCUUUGAAGCUCUUGUGAUGCGCAAUAGGAAACUAACUAAACGAUACCGUGUGGGUAAAAAGGAAUACAAAACAGAUUAGCUGUUGUGGAUCACGUGUACUCAAAAUGAUUCUGGCGCAAAUAAAAUCCAUUCCGCCCAAACAGUGCUAGGGCGAGGCAAAAAAAGAGUGCUGUCAGUUUCCUUAUCUUUGUUCAGUUUCGAGACAUCUGAAUUCAACACGAAUUCAGCUCAGCUAUCACAAUACACACACAUAGGAAACCUGUAAGCUGAUAAAAGAUAGGUAAAGCUUAUUGAAACAAAUCAAUUGAAGCAUUGUUGUACAAGAAUCCCGUGCUUGAGGAAAUAAAGUAUUCGAAUUGAACUUAAAACGAAAAGUAUAGUCCGCGUAACUGUUACAUGGUAAGCUUUUAAAUUCAUACUCACGCAACAGUUUGAAGUAUAGUUUGUUUUAAUAUAAAUUUCCAGUCCAAAAUGAAUUCAAAGACAAGAAAAUCUUUGACGCUAAAAAAUAAAUUGGUUAUAAUUGAAAAAUUUGAAAAAGGCAUUAAAAACAAAACAUUAUCCAGUGAAUUUAAUGUGCCGCACAACACGAUUUCAUCCAUAAUCAAAAAUAAGAUCCAAAUUCGUGAAAAGGUAAGAAUAAAGGUUUUAACUGCUGAUGUUCAAUAUACCAAAAUGUAAAAAAUUUACAGGCUCGUCGGUUUUCGCUAGAAUUCAAAAAAACUCGCUCGGUUCAGUAUGAUGCCGUAGAAAAAGCUGUUAUGCUUUUUUGCCAGCAGGCGAUUUCGUAUAAUAUCCCCCUAUCUGGCGUGAUCAUAAAAGAAAAAGCCAAUGAGCUCGCAGCGAAACUAGAGAAAAAAUCAUUUAAAGCCAGCGACGGAUGGUUCCAAAAAUUCGUCAAAAGGAAUGGGCUUUCGUUUAAAACUGCAAGUGGUGAAAGUGCAGCUGUUGAUGUCGGAGCUGCUGAGCAGUUCAAAUCCGAUGCGUUACCGCUAUUGAUUGCUGACUAUAGCCCACAAGAUAUUUUUAAUAUGGAUGAAACGGGUUUAUUUUUCAAAUGCUUACCCAAUAAGACAUAUUGCUUCAAAAGCGAUAAAUGUCACGGAGGCAAAAAUUCCAAAGAGCGAAUCACAGUUGUUGUGGCAACAAAUAUGGACGGAUCGGAAAAGUUAGAACUUUUGGUCAUUGGUAAGAGUGCCAAACCUAGAUGUUUUAAAAACAUUAAGAACCUUCCAGUGAUCUACAAAAGCAACAAAAAUGCGUGGAUGGUGAGCGCGUUGUUUGAAGAAUGGAUUUUAAACCUGGAUGAGAGAAUGGUGUCUGAAGGAAGACGUAUCAUUUUGUUCAUCGAUAAUUGUCCUAGCCAUCCAAAUAUUCAACAAAAAUUAAGAAAUUGCAGACUGCAAUAUUUUCCUCCAAACAUGACUUCUGUGCUCCAACCACUUGAUCUUGGAAUAAUUAAAGCUUUGAAAGUGUACUACCGCAACAAAUUAGUAAGAGACCAACUGAAUGCGAUAGAAAAAGACGAAUUGUUGAAUGUCAACCUCCUACAGUGUGUUUGUAUGCUAGCUGAUGCGUGGCAAAAUCAUGUCAAACAAUCCACAAUUGUUAAUUGCUUCGUCAAAGCUGGCUUUGUGAAAUCAGAUAAUUUGAUUUGCAUCAAUGAAAACAGCAUUGAUAACGACCCACUAGAGGAAAAUGUAUUCCGAUCGAAUUUUGAAGCACUCGCUGAGCAAGGUUUUGAUUCUUUUGAAGACUACGUGACUUUUGACGACAAUUUAUGCGAAGGAGCAAUUUUGUCUGACGAAGACAUCAUAAAAACAGUGCAAGAGCAAUCAUCUAUUGAUAACGAUGAUGAUGAAAUUCAUUCAGUACCUGACGAUGUAGUUGACAAUGAAACUAUAAGCACACCCUCUCAAAACCAGCUAGAAGAUGCUUUCCAAACGAUUUAUGCUGGUUUAUUAACUAGCAAAAAAUUACCAAAGGACAGCUUUUCAAAAUUUUUUGAUUUAAAGAAAACUUUGUUGGGGGACAAAUAAGCUGAAUUUUGUGUCUUGUUUAAUGUUUUGUUUCAAUUUUUUCUGUUAAUUCCUUCGUUAAUAAUAUAAUUGAUUUGUUUCGCAUGGACUUGAGCGUUUCUCUCUUUAUAACGACAUCCGGAUUCUCUAUAGCGACAGUUUUUAUAGCGACAUUUCUCUAUAACGACGGUCCCUUGCGAUGUCGCUAUAGAGAGCUUU